AUGGGAUCUAACAUAACAAAUCUGUUAAGGAAGUACACAGGGCUAGAGACUUGUUUUUAUGCUCUGUGGGUUCCAGAUCUUUUCAUGGAGAGGGUCCAUAGCGAUGGGCAGUGGUCACUAUUUUGUCCUAAUGAAUCUCUGGUUUGGCAGAUUGUUGGGGCGCUGAAUUUGAGACACUAUACACGAAGGCAAGGCCAAGAAGAUUGUUCAGGCGCAGCACUUUGGUAUGAAAUAUUGACAUCCCAAGUAUAA